ACGUGAAAACCUAGCUAAAUAACCAAACCUUCUUUUCGAGUUUCAACGGGUCCUUUUCAACUCGCCGGAAUUCAUCCCAAAUCCAAGAAGAAUCACUCCUCGACCUAGGGUUUUUUGGAAUCCCACCACAGCAAUCGCCUGUUGAAUUGUAAUUGGGUUGGGGAAUAGCCGAUCAGGGAAAAAAAAGGAUGGUACUCAAGCAGAAGAUUCACGAAGCAUUCAAGGGUGCGGUUGAGAGUAUCACAAGCCAUCGAACGGUUUCCGCCUUCAAGGAGAAAGGCGUCCUCAGCGUCAACGAGUUCAUCAUCGCCGGCGACAACCUCGUAUCCAAGUGCCCUACUUGGUCGUGGGAAUCAGGUGAGCCAAACAAGAGGAAGCCGUAUUUACCUGCCGACAAGCAAUUCUUGAUAACAAGGAAUGUGCCUUGUCUUAGGAGAGCUGCAUCAGUAGAGGAAGAAUACGAGGCUGCUGGGGGUGAAGUUUUACUUGAUAAUGAGGACAACGAUGGUUGGCUGGCCACACACGGGAAACCUAGAGAAAGCAAAAGUGAUGACAACGAAAAUUUGCCUUCUAUGGACACCCUAGAAAUCAGCAAGAAGAAUACCAUCCAGUCAUUUCCAUCAUACUUUGGAGGUGAGGAUGAGGACAAUAUUCCAGAAAUGGAUGAGUUAGAGGAUGUUGACAAUCUUAUUGAGACAGAUCCUGCAACACUUGAGACUCCAUACCUUGUGGCGCAUGAACCUGAUGAUGACAAUAUUCUGAGAACCCGAACAUAUGAUGUUAGCAUAACGUAUGACAAAUAUUAUCAAACUCCUCGCGUAUGGCUGACUGGCUAUGAUGAGUCAAGGAUGCUUCUAGAAUCCAAGCGUGUUCUUGAAGAUGUUAGUCAAGACCAUGCACACAAAACGGUAACUGUUGAGGAUCAUCCACACUUGUCUGGAAAACAUGCAUCCAUUCAUCCAUGCCGCCAUGGAGCUGUGAUGAAGAAUCUCAUUGAUGUUCUUAUGUCACGUGGUGGUGAACCGGAAGUGGACAAGUACCUAUUCUUGUUCUUAAAAUUCAUAGCCUCAGUGAUUCCAACUAUUGAGUAUGAUUAUACAAUGGACUUUGAUCUUGGUAGCUCCAGCAGCUAGUCUAAAGGUGGAUGCUGCAAGUAUAUCGUGUAGUGUAAAGCUCAAGAAAUCAACUUUCAUGUACUUCCAGCCUGCUCCGUGCUUGUACAUAUCCGCACUCAAUAAGGUUCCUUUCAAACUUCGUCAUUUGAUGGUAUCAGCCUACACUUGAGGCUGAAAUUAAUGGUGUAAAUUUGUACAAACGCAUUUGACUUAAUUUAUGGUUUGUCAAAUUGUGGACGGGCGACCUGAUCAACAUUCAUGGCUAAGUUAAAUGUCAAUAUUUAUUUAAUUUAUAUAGUGGGUAGCC